GAUUUUAUACUUACGUUUUGUCUCUACAAAAAGUGAAAAAUAGAACGAUUUAUAAACGCAGUUUUAAUAUAACCGUGUAUUGACUUUGUUAUAACAUUUCAAAGGCGGUAAAUAGAUUUGUAUAGUUUACCAAGCUGCUUUUUAUAUGACUGUAUAAUUCGAAGUGAGAUACAAGGAAAAUACUGAAUAAUUGAAUAAUAAAGGACGUAUUUCUAUACAAUACUUCAUUUAAAAUGAGCACAAAUCGGCUUCGUGGCUCGGCUACUGAAACCGAGCUAGCAUUAUUUGAAACAGAAGAUCACCGCACGUUCGACGGUGCUUCCCCACAUUUCAAAACUCCCGUUGAAAUAGGGUCGUUUUCGUUAGACAUAAACAGGGAAUUUGAGAACUCUCAAAAGUCUAUGAGGUAUUUCAUCAAACCUUCAAAUCCAGGAGAAGUGAAUUUUGAUUUACGUAAAGGAUACGAUACAAUGAUAAAAAAUGAGCAGGGAAGGAAGCUUGAUGUCCUACGUUGGAUUGUUGAAAACGUUGAAAAAUUUCCGAUAAAAGGAAGAGGAGAAACAAAAGGGCAGAAUUUUGGAGUUUCAGGGCGAGACAGACCAAAGAAGGACCAAAAAAAUUCUGCUUCUUCUUUGAGCCAACAUUCGAAAGGCAAGAGUAAGGGUGACAAAGAACUAACUGAUGUACAAACUGGGUUAAGUAAAAUGAUGAUUUCUAAAGAAGAUGAUUUAAAAAGAUGUGCUCCAGCAAAUAUGUCAGCCGUCGGAAAACUAAGAAACCUUAACACAGAUUUUGUUUGUCGGCGAGGAUUACUGGCAAAAAUAAUGUGUACACCAUACGAGAAAAUGGAAAAUUGGCUCAUAGCUGUGACACUUCAUAACGGGACUUAUUAUUUGGACGAGGUUGAGACUGAAGAGAGAAAAGAGAACGAAGAAAGAAUCAAAAAUGACGAAAUGUGUGCCUGGGGUUGGAAGUUUGAACAAUAUCUUACAUCAGAUUCAAAAGAUGGAGUACCGGAUCCAGACGCACAAUACAAUAACUGUGAAGCAUUCUACACAGUUGUUGAAGCACAACUGAACAAUCAUUCUCUAGUGUUUUUCGGCGAAGUUGACGCUCUAAAUGUUGAUAAAGAAAAAGGUAGCUACUACGUGGAGUUCAAAACAAAUAGGGAAAUCACCCAUCCAGGACACGAGAAAACGUUUAAGAGGUUAAAGAUAAAGAAGUGGUGGUCACAGAGUUAUAUCAUGGGCGUGCAAGAAAUAGUCUGUGGCUUUAGGGACGAAAACGGAGUUGUACACAAACUGGAAUUCUACAAUACUAACGACUUACCAAACCUUGCAGAGGAUUUAUAUAAUCCAUGGAAACCAAACGUGUGCCUCAAUUUCUUGGACCAGUUCCUUUCGUUUAUCAAAUCCACAAUAACUACAGAUGACAAAAGAAUAGUUCAUACACUAAAGUGGUCUCCAGGCGAACCAGUCAGGUGCAGUCAACCGCUAGUGGACUCGGAAUACAAUUUUCUUCCAGAGUGGUACACAGACGCUGUGAAAUAAAAAGGUGUUAUUGUUUAACAUUCGAUUCUCAGAGUGUUCUUAAUCAGAGUUCUUCUAGAUGCUAAAGUUAGUUUUUCAAUAGUCCUUUAGCUGACAGUUUCUUGAAAACUGCUUUAGAGUUAUUAUACCAGUUGACUUUAUUAUUUUGAGUUUUGGAAUUUUGAAAAUAAAUAGACCUACAUACACACGAUAAACUAGAAGUGGAUUUCUCAUAUUUUUAUAUUUUCUCUAAAGGAUACUCUUUCGAUGUAGAAUGUUAAAAGUUCAUGUUAGGAAUGUAUUGUAGUAGAGGUGAAAAUAAUUAUACUAUAAUCGAGCAUAGAAUGCAGUCUUUGUGUUGUGACCUAUAUAUCAGACUUGUCAAGCAUGAAACAACAAAUAUAUUGUAAAUAUUUAUUGGUAACGGUAUGUGUUAAAAUAUGUCUUAAGUGAACUUAUGUUGCAGCUGUACUAUUUAGAAAACUUCAUGUCUUUAGAAUUCACUACACAUGUAUAUUAUAUAUAUUAUAUACUCUGAUGUUUUCCUUUAUGGCUGUUACUCUUGUACUUUUUAUAUAUGGUUAUUGUAUGUGUAAUUGUGUGAAUUAUGUCUAAAACAAGUCAUUAAUUGUGUUUCAGUAGUUAUAUUGUUUCUUCAAAUCAUUGUCUUGUUUUGAGCAGAUGAAGAAUGCCGCUUUUACAGUGAUUUAUGCUUUUUUCUUAAGUCAUCUGUUUCAAAUUAUUUUAUCAUAAUAUUGUUAAAAUGAAGCAUAUCGUUUAAAUAGAACCGAAGGUGUGUCACUGUUCUCUUGUUUACAUUUAACUCAGCAUUUAAAAGAGCCUCGGAAACAAUUUUUAUUUUCUUAAAAUUAUCAAACAUUGUAUUAAAUGACAUCUGUGCGCAAAUUGUACACUAAAAUCUUGCUCUAAACAAUGUUUUACUUAUGGAUUGAUAUGCAGUAAAAAGAUCUUGUCUAGUGUCAUAUCUACGUUAUCUGUAAGGUGUUAUCAAAAACGACAGCCGAGUGAAAACCGUUUCUGCGUAAGAUUCAGCAUUUUUAUGCUCAUUUUCUGACAGCCAACAACAUAUCCUUUUCUCUGCCUUUUUUCUGCGGUUACCUUGUAGGUGCAAAUACAUUUUUCUGAUUCAUCUAACGGUAUAAAAUUGUUCAAAUUACGUUUUGUACUGUGUAUGAAGUUAAUGAAAGAAAUGGUCUUAAAAGAAUCGUUGUGUUCUCAGACCUAAAUCACUAGUCCAGGAAAAGUAUAUUCCUAUAUUUACAUCAGGAACUUUGAAAACAAUAUAUAAAAGAUACUUUCUUUGAAAAACAGAUGAAGUAACUGUGAAGAAGACCAUUGUAUAGAGACUUUUCAUUAGCUCUCUUCACACAAGGGAAGCAAUCUACAUAGUAUAUCUUUUCGGAAAACCAAAGUUACCUUAUUUUCGGAAAAUCUGUUUUAAUAUUUGUAAGUCAGAACAUCCAAAAGUCAUUAUUAAAGACGCCCUAUUUACAUGAUGGUAAUUUUACAUUAUUUGCAUGAGAAAAUUGCGAAAUACAGGUAUAUUUUUACAAACUGACAGUGAUAUAUAUCAGGCCAAGAUUAUGUGUUUGAUAGCUUUACAUUUUAUUGAUUGAAUUUAGCAAUAUUUGUAGUAUUUGGUUAUUAAGCUGAGUUUAGAACACACUUCAAUUCUACAGGUAGAUCUAAGAUAGCUAUUUAUGUAAGUUUUUAAAGACAUACCGAAAACAGAAUAGCUGAAUAAGUUUGCGGAUGAAUUUAUCCAAGAAGCAACUAAAUUGUCCAUAGAUAGCUGUAUUAUACUAUUAAAUAUUAAAUAAAUGAUUUUUACGAAGUUCAUGUUGGAGGAAAAAGUAGGUGAUUAGGAUGUGAUGGGUCUUUAAAGGCAAAGAAAGUCUCCCAUAUAAGUGACCCCCUCCCCCACACCACCCCCACCCACCAAAUGCCAGACAUUUUAAUCCCAAAUAAACAGGAUCCUGUCUGGUCCAGUCUGAUAAGGUCCGUAAAACCCAUGUAGACUUGACAUGUAGUCUAUGUCACAGGAUCAUAAAUUUUAUUGAUAUGUAAAGGUAAUUCGUUAUUUCCUGUGUUUUGCAUUUCAUUGACUGAAAUGCAGCUUUUUCAGAAUAUAGGCAAAAUUAUUUUACAUGACAAUAUACUACUCAUAACUGCUCAGACAGUCAUGUUGGGUAAUGUUCUGAGCAAUUAAAUUAUAACUGUACAGGAAAGCGAUUCUCACCGUUUUAGAAAGCUCUCGCCUUUAUCUAUUAAAGAAGAAAAAAAUUAUUUAAAACUUAAUAAGAGAAAUCAGUUUUUAUUCAAUUAUUAUGAUCUUUUAAUAAAACAAGAAAAAAUUAUCAUUGCUGGAUUUUAUUAGAAAUUGAAGAAGAAUUCUGUUGCAUUUUUUAUGAAUAAAAAAGAAAUAUAGACAGAAGGAAUUUAUAUAUUUAAAAUGCAUUUGGGAAUAUAUAGCUCCCUUGCGUAAAUACAUUUUCUUUUAUUUAUAAUGAAAUCCAGCAAUAAUGAAAUAUCACUGUUCAAAAUACACAAUGAUUUAUUAUUUAUAAAAGAUGUCUGAAUGCAUUUGCUUUUAUUUCUAAUAGAAAUCCAACAGUCGAGACAUUAUUGUAAUAAAAACUGAUUUAUCACCAAAUAAAAAUACUGUUUUAUCUA